UGUAUAUAAAAUGACAUAUCAUCUGUUGGCCAGAGAUAACGGUUUUGAGAGCGUGUCUAGCAAUGUACAUUGCUUAUAUAGUUUUCACAUGUUAAAUAUUAAAUUCAUGAGGAGCUUCGGACGUGGUCUGCUUUGCGACCUGAUUGUACAAUUUUGGAGGUCACCAUUAAUUAAUAAUGUCAAAAAUGAAGCGUUAAAUCUUAGAACAAAACAAAAAUUAUGGAACAUUUUAGAAUAAAGAUAACAUAUUUUUGUAACCUCUGUGAGAUAUUUUGAGAUUUAUCAAUUAUAAAAUAUGACGUUUCUGUUUUUUAACAUCAGUCCAGAUUGUUAUUGUAAAGUUUGUAAAAUUAUAAAAAAAUAUAUAUUGGGCUAACACUUUAGUGAUUUAAGAUUUCUUGAAAGAAAUAGUAGAAUACGGAUUCAUUUGUACAUAAGAAACAUAAUUUAUCAUAAUGAAGAAAAUUAUAGAAAUAAGGCAAUUCUUCAAUUAAUUCAAUCUAACGGAGAAGAUAAUCCUGAUAAGUUCAGAGAGUGUGAAGGGCUUAAAUGUAACCAGGGAUGGAAGACGUAUGAGUCAGUAUGGCCCAAACGAUCUUGAAUAACCAGAAUAUGAAAAGUAAUGUCCAAUGGUAAAAUGGUUCUCAUUAUUUAUUUUCGCUGCGCAUUAUUAGUUAAAUAAAUAUUUAUAAGAAUUGACAUAUAACAAACGGUAUUUCCAUUAAAUUUGCUCUAAACUUUGCUUUUUACUCUAAACGAACGAACAAUGAAUUUGCUUUUUAUUCUAAACGAAGUUAAAAAGACACUGAUGAUGAAAUGUAAAUUGAAUGAUAAAAUAAUCAGAAUAUUUUUAUUCUAAGAAGCAAUAUAUUUGCAUUAUCGCUUUCGUUGGAAAUAUAAGGUUAAAAGGUUACGUACAUAUCUUUGUCAAAGUAGAGCUAUACGACACACAGUCGAGAUUACUAUACUGUACAAGCAAUAUUUAAAUUGAAAAUGAAAAGUUACUUUUUAAUUCUUUGCGUUGGUGCUCUUCUGUGUUCUACUCAUGGAGGCCUCCUCAAGGACGUCGUUGGAACCAUCCACGAGAAAGCACACACCAUAAGGGAAGAUAUAAGAAAUGUCCUUCAUCCUAAAGAUGAUCAUCAUUCGAAAAACACAAUUCCAGACCCAGUGAAAGUUUCAACAACAGAGAAGAACAGUGAAGUUGAAAAACCUCAUCAUUCUGAUAAAACCGAAUUCGUUACUACAGAAAAGUCAACUGAGGCUAUUAAUAUUGAGUCACCUAGUAGUGGCAUCGCGUUUCCAACAGAAAAAACUGAAGCCAAGCCCACAGAAAGUUAUACAGAACCCAGUACAACUAUUGCAAGUAAUAAAACGAACGAUGAUAAAGAUGGACGAGAGAACUUUGCUGGUGGUUGUGCAACUGGUUUUAAGAAAACUGCAGACGGUCGAUGCAAGCCUACUUUUUAAUAAGUAGCUAUUGAACGAAGCUAAUAAAAUUCUAUCUCACCAACGUCUAAAUAUGUAUGAUUUAAUUAUAUAUUUGGAAAAGUGGAAGCUUAUGUAAACGUAAUUAUUUUAUGUACUAAUAAUUAAAAUUAAAUGUAUAUAACUAUAAAAAUGAGUUUUAUUUAGAUGUAAAAAGCUGAUGCAAUGUAUAUUAUUACUUGAAUAUUGAAUUAAAAUAUAUAAAAGAUUUUAGUGAUUGGUUAAAUAGUGUUCAAUAAUAACUCUUACAUACAUAUAAUAAGAUGAAACAUGAAUAUAAAAUAUUGAGGCAAAUUAAAUGAUUGUUAGGUUAUAAUUUAAACAAAAUUAAAAUGCAAAUUUAUAACAAAGCUUUUAAUCCAAAAUUAAGAAAUUAUUUACGCUUAGAUCAAGCAAUAUCUAAUCACAGUCUCUGUUAGUUUUAAUAGGGUAAACAAUGUUUUUUUUUAAUAUUUACAAGAAGAUACACAACUUCUAUUA